UUCGUUCGUUACAAUCAUUUUUUCGCUCGACGGUCAGCAGCACUAUCCAAGUAAGGCCGUAGUUGUUAGUACCCUAGAUAUUUAUUAUUUGUAAUAGUGGUUUAUAGAUUUGUGUUGUUUAUUCCCUUGUUUUAUACAUUUUCAAAUUUUCUAUCAUUGGAAUUUCCACGUUCAUUAUUUAGACUACUAUCAAAAAUAAAUUUACGUAUAUAAUCAACAAGUUUUGUAAGUUAUGGUGAUUCAUUAACGUUUGACGAAUACAAUAAUAAUUUUAGUAGUUUUUGAUUUCUCUAUGGAGAUUACCGAUUUUGACAGAUUUUGUGGUUCACCUUUUUGGGACUAUAAUUUGUCGUGGAACACGACUAAUCCCGAUUUAACGUUAUGUUUUGAAAAGACUAUAUUAGUAUGGAUGCCGUGCUUGUUUUUGUGGGUUUUCUCUCCUUUAGAAGUUUUUUAUCUAGUUCAUAGUAAAUUCAGGGAUAUACCAUGGAAUUGGCUCAAUUUGUCCAAAAUGGUUGGUGCUGCACUUUUGUGUCUUGUUUCAAUAUCCGAUUUAGUAUAUGCAAUUAUUCAAUAUUCUUCUGGAUCAGCAACCUAUUCUGUUGAUUUUUAUUCACCACUUGUCAAACUUUUAACAAUUGGAUUUGUUAUGGUGUUAAUCAAUGCGAAUCGAGCUCGAGGAUUACGUUCAUCUGGUUUAAUAUUUUUGUUUUGGUUAAUGCUAGCAUUUAAUGGACUUAUUCAAUAUCGAACUGAGAUUCGUUUAGCUUUAUCUCAACAAUAUCACCAAAAAUAUCAAUUUAUUAGUUACAUGAUAUAUUAUCCACUUGUUUUAAUUCAAUUAAUAUUAAAUUUCUUUGCUGACACUGAACCUAGAUUAUCAGAUUAUUCACCUGUAGAGAAACCAUGUCCAGAAGUAAAAGCAUCAUAUCCAUCAAGGAUACUCUUUUCAUGGUUUGAUACAAUGGCAUGGACUGGGUACAAAAGACCCUUGGAAGCAAAAGAUCUUUGGAGUAUGAACUAUGAAGACAGUUCACGUGAAGUAGUUCCUAUAUUUGAUAAACACUGGGAACGUUCUUUAAUUAAAGCAAAAGUACAAAAUCAGAGCACAAAAGCAUCUUAUAUAAAACAUACGUCUGAUGGUAGCAUAGAGGUUCAGCCAGUGGAGUAUUUAAAACUUAAAAGUUCAUCACAACACCAGGCUUCAAUAUUUCCUACCUUGUGUAAAUCAUUUGGUAGUACAUUUUUAUUUGGUUCAUUUUUAAAAGUUAUAGAAGAUUGUUUAGUAUUCAUAAGCCCUCAAGUUCUCAAGUACUUGAUAGCAUUUGUUGGAUCCAAAGAUGAACCUUUAUGGAGAGGUUAUUUUUAUGUUUUCUUGAUGAUGUUAUCGGCUACAUUACAAACAUUGGUAUUAGCUCAAUAUUUUCACAGAAUGUAUCUUGUAGGUAUGCGUGUACGUACAGCACUUACAUCUGCUAUUUAUCGAAAAGCAUUAAGAAUAUCAAACAAAGCAAGAAAAACAUUCACUGUUGGAGAGAUAGUUAAUUUAAUGGCAGUAGAUGCUCAUAGAUUUGUUGAUUUAACAACUUAUUUGAACAUGAUUUGGUCUGCACCAUUCCAAAUUGCUUUAGCAAUUUAUUUUCUCUGGCAAAUACUGGGUCCUAGUGUUCUAGCGGGGCUUUUUGUUAUGAUUGUUCUAAUUCCAAUAAAUGGCGUUGUUGCUGCAAAAGCUAGGAGUUUACAAAUAAAACAAAUGAAAAAUAAGGAUGAAAGAGUUAAAUUAAUGAAUGAAAUUUUAUCGGGCAUUAAAGUAUUAAAAUUAUAUGCUUGGGAACCAAGUUUUGAACAAAAAAUUUUAGAUAUUCGUGGCAAAGAAAUAAGAGUACUCAGAACUGCUGCAUACCUUAAUGCUGCUACAUCUUUCAUCUGGGCAUGUGCACCAUUUUUGGUUUCAUUAGUAACUUUUGCUGUUUAUGUAUUGUCAGAUGACAGUCACAUUUUAGAUGCUGAAACUGCUUUUGUUUCUUUGUCUCUAUUUAAUAUCUUAAGAUUUCCCUUGUCAAUGUUACCAAUGUUUGUGUCUAAUGUGGUUCAAUCUAGUGUAUCAGUUAAAAGAAUAAAUAAAUUUAUGAAUUGUGAAGAAUUAGAUUUAGAUGCGGUUUCUCAUGAUGCUGAUGAAAGAGAUCCUAUUGUGGUUGAGAAUGGUACAUUUACCUGGGGUGAACCAACAGAAGUUCCAACGUUAUCUGAUAUAAAUUUAAGAAUUUCUGCUGGUCAAUUAGUUGCUGUAGUUGGUACAGUUGGAUCUGGUAAAAGUUCUUUAGUAUCUGCUUUCUUAGGUGAAAUGGACAAAGUUACUGGCAGAGUUAAUACCAAAGGAACAAUAGCUUAUGUACCUCAACAAGCUUGGAUCCAAAACACAUCUCUCAAAGAAAAUAUUUUGUUUGGUCAAACUCUUAGUGAGAGAGCCUAUAACAAAGUUAUUGAAGCUUGUGCGUUAAGGGCCGAUUUUCAGAUGCUUCCUGCUGGGGAUGGUACAGAAAUUGGUGAAAAGGGUAUCAAUUUAAGUGGAGGCCAAAAACAAAGAGUAAGUUUGGCAAGAGCAGUGUAUAAAGAAAGUGAUAUCUACUUUUUGGAUGAUCCACUCAGUGCUGUUGAUUCACAUGUUGGUAAACAUAUAUUUGAGCAAGUUAUUGGACCUACAGGAUUAUUACGUAAAAAGACUCGAGUUUUGGUUACUCAUAGUGUUACAUAUUUGAGAGAAGUUGAUCUUAUAGUAGUUAUGAAAGAUGGAAAAAUAUCAGAAUCUGGAACCUAUAAAGAGUUGUUAGAUAAAAAAGGAGAUUUUGCAGAUUUCCUAAUAACUCAUAUGCAAGAUCAAGUUACUAAUGAUGGAGCUGAAAAUGAUAUUGACAAAUUAUUAGAAGAUGCACCUGCAGAUUUAAAAGAAAAAUAUGUACGUCAAAGAAGUGAAUCUAAUUCCAUGCAUUCAAUGCAAAGACAAAUUUCAAUUGAUUCGGAAAAACCUGAAAAGCCGGUUGCUGUUCCAGAACUAGCUAAAUUAAUUGAAGUAGAAAAAGCGGAAACUGGAAGUGUAAAAUGGGAAGUCUAUGUACAUUAUUUGAAGUCAAUUGGUCCAUUUUUAUGUAUUAGUACUAUUUUCUUAAGUGUUGUUUUUCAAAGCUUUUCAAUAUCAUCAAAUUUAUGGCUUUCUAAAUGGUCGAAUGAUAAUACAUCUCAUGUUCAUGGUAAAGAAAAUGAAGAUGUAAGGAAUUUAUAUCUUGGUGUUUAUGCCUUACUUGGUUUUGGUCAAGCCAUUUCAACAGUAGGAUCAGCAACAUCAUUAUCUUUAGGCUGUGUAAUAGCUGCUGAAAAACUGUUUCAUUUGAUCAAUGCUCGCAUUUUCAAGAAUCCUUUAAGUCUAUUUGAUACAACACCUUCUGGUCGUAUAUUGAACAGGGUAUCUAAGGACAUUGACACAAUUGAUAAUUUGUUGCCAUUUAUUCUAAGGUCAACUAGUAUGACUAUGUUUUCGGUUAUUGGUACUUUAUUUGUCAUAAGUUAUAGUACUCCAAUAUUUACAUCUGUUAUUAUUCCAAUUGGAUUUGUCUACUACUUUAUUCAAAGAUUUUAUGUUGCUACUUCAAGGCAGCUUAAAAGACUAGAAUCUGUAUCACGAUCUCCAAUUUACUCACAUUUCAGUGAAACUGUUACUGGCGCUGCCUCUAUUCGAGCAUAUGGAGUUGAAUCUAAAUUUAUACUUCAAUCUGAACAAAAAGUUGAUUUCAAUCAAACAUGUUAUUAUCCAAGUACAGUGUCUAACAGAUGGUUAGCUGUGAGGUUAGAAUCGAUUGGUAAUUUACUUAUUUUCUUUGCAUCUUUAUUUGCUGUAAUGGGUAAAGAUACAAUAAGUCCUGGAAUUGUUGGGUUAUCUAUCAGUUAUGCUCUUCAGAUUACUCAAACUCUCAAUUGGCUUGUUCGUAUGUCUUCUGAAGUAGAAACAAACAUUGUUGCCGUAGAGCGUAUUAAAGAAUAUGGAGAAACACCUCAAGAAGCUCCAUGGGUUAUACCAUCAAAUCCAGUACCUAAGAAUUGGCCUUCACGUGGUGAACUUCAAAUUAAAAACCUCAAAGUGCGUUAUCGUGAAGGAUUAGAUUUGGCAUUGAAAGGCUUAGAUAUAUUUGUUGAAGGAGGCACUAAAGUUGGCAUUGUUGGGCGUACUGGUGCUGGAAAAUCUUCUUUAACUUUAAGUUUAUUCCGAAUUGUUGAAGCUGCUGAAGGUAGUAUAAUUGUAGAUGGAGUUGAUAUAUCUGAUAUUGGAUUACAUACAUUGCGUGGUCGUUUGACAAUUAUACCUCAGGACCCAGUAUUAUUUUCUGGAACUCUAAGAAUGAACUUAGAUCCUACAAAUAAAAGUACUGAUAAUCAAUUGUGGACUGCUUUAGAAUUAGCUCAUUUAAAAGCACAUAUUAAAAAUUUGCCAGGUGGUUUAGAUCAUGAAGUCUCAGAGGGUGGAGAAAAUUUAAGUGUUGGUCAGAGACAACUUGUCUGCUUGGCAAGAGCUUUGCUAAGAAAAACUAAAUUGUUGAUUUUGGAUGAAGCGACAGCAGCAAUUGAUUUGGAAACAGACGACUUAAUACAAACGACAAUACGAACAGAAUUUAAAGACUGCACAGUACUGACAAUUGCUCAUCGUCUAAACACUAUUAUGGAUUCAGACAAGGUUAUUGUGUUGGAUAAUGGUCAAAUGAUUGAAUACGACUCACCUAAUAAUUUACUUCAAGAUAAAUCUUCUGUUUUCUAUUUAAUGGCUAAAGAUGCUGGCCUUAGUCAGUAAAAUAAGCUUGUGUACUGAAUAUCUACACAUCACCUUUGCCUAGACUCAAGUUUUGGCAUAGUGUUAUUAAAUGUUAAUUAUUUAUUUUUGUUUUUUUUUUUUUUUUUGUUAUCUUAAGCAGAAGAAAAUCAAAUUAUUAUUAGUAUAUUUACUAGAAUAUUAUAAGUAUGAUUUUUUUUAA